AGACCACCUAAGCCCUCACUAACACUAACUUUCAAAGAAUCUGCAAAACCAAGAGAACAUGACCGCUUUCGUUGCUUCUAACACUUCUCUCAAGUAUGGGUUCUGCGGUAACGUCGCCGGCUUGAAGCGCGGCAAGGCCGUGAAGGCCGCCGCCAUCAACACUAUGACCGAGGCUAAGGUUAAGGUCGCAAUCAACGGAUUCGGUCGCAUCGGCCGCAACUUUGUCCGUUGCUGGAUGUCCCGCGGGGCAGACACCACCCUCGAAGUCGUGUGCGUCAACCAGUCUGGUGGAGCCAAGCCUGCUGCGCACCUGCUCAAGUAUGACUCCAUCCUCGGCACGUUCGAUGCCGAUGUCAAGGUAGUCGAUGAUGCGACGAUCACUGUGAAUGGCAAACCGAUCAAGGUGGUGUCUGACCGUGAUCCACUCAACCUCCCCUGGAAGGAGAUGGGUAUUGACAUAGUCAUCGAGGGAACUGGUGUUUUCCUCGAUGGACCUGGCGCAGGCAAGCACAUCCAGGCUGGUGCCAAGAAAGUCGUCAUCACCGCUCCUGCGAAGGGAAACGACAUUCCGACUUACGUCGUCGGUGUCAACGCUGAUCAGUACGACCCUUCUGCCAACAUCGUCUCGAAUGCGUCAUGCACAACUAACUGCCUCGCGCCUUUCGCCAAGGUCCUCGACGAGAAAUUUGGCAUCAUCAAGGGCACCAUGACCACAUGCCACUCAUACACGGGUGAUCAGCGCAUUCUCGAUGCAUCGCAUCGUGACCUCCGCCGCGCCCGCGCCGCCGCGCUCAAUAUUGUCCCUACUUCCACCGGUGCAGCCAAGGCCGUUGCCCUGGUCCUGCCCCAACUCAAAGGCAAGCUCAAUGGCAUCGCCCUCCGCGUCCCCACUCCCAAUGUCUCUAUCGUCGACCUAGUGUGCAACGUCGAGAAGAAGGGCGUCACCGCAGAGGAAGUAAACGCCGCCUUCAAGGAAGCCGCCGAUGGUCCCAUGAAGGGUGUUCUCGCUAUCACGGAAACACCAUUGGUGUCCGUCGAUUUCCGCUGCUCGGAUGUUUCCACUACUAUCGAUGCUGCGCUCACCAUGGUGAUGGGCGACGACAUGGUCAAGGUCGUCGCCUGGUACGACAACGAAUGGGGCUACACCCAGCGCGUUGUCGAUCUCACCCAUAUUGUGGCCAAGGGCCUCAUCGAGGGUGGAGACGUCUCCGCUGACCCGAUGGAUGCCCUCUGUGCUGACGAUCCCUCAGCUGAGGAGUGCAAGGUUUUUGAUUAAAAAGACCAAUUGGUUGACCCGCAUGGUUCCUAUUUUUCGAAAGCGCGCAGCUGGCCGCCAAAUAGUUUCAAUUAUGUAUUUUGAUCGGAGUGCACUUCAUGAAUCUUA